UGUGGAGAAUGGCAUUCGCUACAAGCAGUGCAACGCUGCAGGUGGCAUCAUCCUUACAUGGCGAAGCCUUAUCAUCAUCGUCAAAGUCGAAUAUCUUCAUGGGGGCACCAGUCACCUUCUCAGCCUCUACUCUCUCUGGAAAGCAAUUACAUUCUCGAAAGCAACUCGUUGUUUUUUCGAAGAAGUUAUCGGGUUUGGCGGAGGCUAUGAGAAUCAGAAGAGAACGUGAGCUUAAAAGUACGACAAAGGGUAUAAGAAGGCCACCAUUGAGGCGGGGAAAGGUAUCACCACGUCUUCCUGUGCCUGAUCACAUACCCAAGCCUCCUUAUGUAGGUUCGAAUUUGUUGCCAGAAAUUUCAAGUGAAUAUCAAAUUCAUGAUUCUGAAGGCAUUGCUUGCAUGAGGGCUGCGUGUGAGCUUGCUGCUCGCGUCUUAGACAAUGCUGGAAAAUUGGUUAGGCCAUCAGUGACGACAAAUGAAAUUGACAAAGCAGUACACCAAAUGAUUAUUGAUGCUGGCGCUUAUCCCUCACCUCUUGGCUAUGGGGGAUUUCCGAAGAGUGUAUGCACAUCGGUUAAUGAGUGCAUGUGCCAUGGAAUUCCUGAUUCUCGCCAGUUACAGGAUGGCGACAUAAUAAAUAUUGAUGUGACAGUCUACCUAAAUGGAUAUCAUGGAGACACAUCAAAAACGUUUCUUUGUGGGGAUGUUAGUGAUGCAAUGAAACGCCUUGUGAAGGUUACUGAAGAGUGCUUGGAGAGAGGCAUAGCUGUUUGCAAAGAUGGUGCUAGUUUUAAGAAGAUUGGAAAGCGAAUUAGCGAGCAUGCUGAAAAAUACGGAUAUGGUGUGGUGGAGCGUUUUGUUGGGCAUGGUGUGGGAACUGUAUUUCACUCUGAACCGUUUAUAUAUCAUCACCGAAAUGACCAGCCUGGUCACAUGGUUGAAGGUCAGACAUUCACUAUUGAACCAAUUCUGACACUGGGAAGCAUUGAAUGUGUAACAUGGCCGGACAACUGGACGGCGGUGGCAGCUGAUGGUACCCCUGCUGCUCAGUUCGAGCAUACCAUUUUGAUUACUAGAACUGGUGCAGAAAUUUUAACAACAAUUUGACAUGGUAUUCUUUGUUUUGUUUUUUUUUUUUGAAUUUUUUAGAUUCUGAUUCCAUAUGCCCCUCUAUAUAUAAAGUAUAUUUCGUAUGUA